ACUAACGAUGCUUAAACCAUCUGAUAAUUUGCUGUUGACGAAUCUCGGCUUCUCUUGUCGUUAUUCCAGUUGAUUUUUAACGCUCCGAGCAUGCGGUUAUGUGACGCUAGCACAACGUAAUAAGGGAAAUCCAAGUAAUUUAACAGAGAUAAACACACGAAGGAAUAAAUAAACAAUAGAAUAUGGUUUAAUACCAAUACCAAUAUACAUAUAUUGAUAUAUCUCUGACAAAUAUACAUACCGGAAUAUUAUAUUGUGAUUCAACAGGCUGAAAAUGCAAUCACGAAAUAUUUUGAUACACCAAUAAAAUUGUAGUUUUGAUAAUUUCAAACACACAGACUCAUUGGUAAAAUUGACAAAUUUAUUGACAUAAAAAUAUUGAACUCAGAAAUAUUUUUAUUACAACAAAGUGAACAAGACAAAUAAAUUAUAAGUGUACCUGAUAACCGUUUAUAAUUCGACAAUAACAAUGUGCAUUAACAGACAAGACUAUUGAUACUUGUCCUUUUAUCUCAAGAUAAGUUUUUUUUUUUGUUUUUUUCUUUCUUUUAUUAAAAAGUACAACAACGGACACUUGAUUUUUUUUAAUCUGAUUAUAUGUUAAUUAACCAAGUAUUAUGAAAUUUGUGAUUAAAACGAUACAAUCACUGGUAAUUACAAGAUACUUGACUCAUUACUCAGAGGAAAAAAUUUGAUUAAAAAAAAAACAAAUACGUCCUGAGGGCCUAAGUGAGACGAUAUUGUUAGGUUUAUCAAAUUUAAUGACUUGUCUGAAUAUUUAAUAUACAAACAAGAUUUUACAUCAUUUUUUUUCUACAUGCGAGUUAACUAAAAAAAUGGGUAGAUCAUCAACAGAUUGUGGUAAAGAUGCAGAGAGUGCUGUUCAGUCAACACAGGUGGUUGAAACAAAGAUUUAUAAAAUAAGAUGGCUGAUGCUAGCGAUAUUUGUAGUAUACAGUGCAUCAAAUGCUAUGCAAUGGAUUCAAUACAGUAUUAUCACAAACAUCGUCGACAAAUAUUACCAUUGUGGAACAUUUGCUGUCAAUAUGACGAGUAUGAUUUAUAUGAUCACUUAUAUUCCAUUUAUAUUUCCAGCUAGUUACGUUCUAGAUAGAUUUGGUCUUCGAUGGGCAGCGAUAGCCGGUGGAUUCGGUACAGCUCUAGGUACAUGGGUCAAAGUAUUCAGUGUUGCACCGGAUAAAUUUUGGCUGGCUUUUAUUGGACAUACAAUAGUUGCUUCUAGUCAAACUUUCGUAUUAUCAGUUCCCGCGAGACUUGCCGCAGUAUGGUUUGGACCGGAUCAAGUGAGCAGUGCUUGUAGCAUUGGGGUUUUUGGUAACCAAUUGGGGAUAGCUGUCGGCUUUUUGUUUCCUCCUAUGCUGGUAUCCAACAGCAAUGACACUAGAAUUAUAGAACAAGGCUUCCGGGCUAUGAAUUAUACCAAUGCUGCAAUCACUUCAAUAGCCUUUCUAUUAAUUCUUAUUUUUUUCAAAGCUAAACCACCUUUACCACCAAGUCCAGCUCAAGCUGCAUUACAUGACAUUGAUAAAUCUGAAGACUUUUUUCAGUCAUUAAAAAGACUAGUCCUUAACUUUGGAUAUAUCAUGCUGCUGCUAAGUUAUGCAGUGAAUGUGGGAAUAUUUUAUGCCAUUAGCACCCUUCUGAAUCAGAUAGUUCUUAAGUACUUUCCGGGUGCUGAAGUACAUGCAGGCAGGAUUGGACUUGCCAUCAUUUGUGCAGGGAUGUUAGGAUCUGUUGUAUGUGGAGUAGUUUUAGAUAAGACUCGAAGAUUCAAGGAAACGACUUUAGUUGUUUAUCUUUUUUCAUUAGUGGGAUUAAUUAUAUUUACAUUUACCGUGAAUUCAGGAUAUAUAAGUGUGAUCUACAUAACAUCUUCAUUACUAGGGUUUUUCAUGACUGGAUACCUACCAGUAGGCUUUGAAUUUGCAGCAGAGCUUACAUAUCCAGAACCUGAAGGUACAUCAGCUGGACUUUUGAAUGCCAUGACUCAAGUUUUUGGGAUAGCAUUUACAAUGUUGUAUGGUUAUUUAUUUGAAGCAUGGGAUGACUUUUGGGCCAACAUUGUUAUGUGUAGUAUGCUGGUACUCGGUGCAAUAAUAACAGCAAUCAUUCCAAACGAUUUAAGGAGACAAAGUGCCAAAGUAUAAUACUCCAGUAUCGAUUAACAGUUAAUUAUUAACUAGAAAAUAUCAGAUUUUAGAAAAAGUAAACUGACCUUUAGAAAUGCCGUCUAUUAAAAUCUCCUAUAAAUAGAUUUAAAAAUGUAAAAUGCAUAGCAAGCUAUAUGCUUGAAUCAUUGUUUUGUGAUUUAUUUUGCCAAAAACUAGUUUAAUCAUUUACAAAACUGUAAUUGUGAACAAGAGUUUUAGUAGUUUUUUGCGAAGCUUUGCAAAGAAAAAAUAUAUAUAUAUAUAUCAACAAAAUUAAUAUCUACAUAUAGUUGAUAAAAGACAAAUUAUAGCUGGAAUAGUUUUUAAAUAUUUUAAAGAUAUAUAUUUUUAGGGACCAUCGAUUACAAUAAUGCAAAUAAAUCAUAGAGGUCUCAUUGUUAUUCUUUACAUAGCAGUAAUGGAAUAUUUUUAUAAAAGUAUUGUAGCUCUUCAGAAUACUAGUAUUAAUAUAGUUCAUCAUUUUUUGGAGUGAAAUUAUCAUUCACAGACAAUAAUAGAGAACAACUGAAAAAUACAUUUGGAACUAUUCUAUAUACAUUUACAUGAAAGCUGGAAAUAUAUUAUAUUAUAAUCAGCGAUUCAUAUUUAUUUAUCAAAUAAUAGAUAUUUUAUUUAUGUACGAUUGAAAAACAGUAUUUUUAAUAAGAUAUUUUAAGAUAUAUAUAAUCUAUUUCUUCUACAUAAAAAAAAAAAUUAACGAAUCGUUAUUAUUAGAUAAAUGUAAUACAUAUCUGUACAAAUAUGUGGAUGGAAUGUUAAUUAAUCUGAAAAGUAAUUAGUAGUUUAGAAUAUAA